CAGUCACAAGUGUGAACAACCGGAAUCCGGAUGUCAUCAUAUGUGCUUUUGUUUCAGCAGCAUCCAUCCGAGACGUGUAACCCCCCGCCCAGGGUUUUCAAAUAAACACAAAAAAGAAAAGAAAAUCGGAAAAAAAAUGUCGGGUUCAUCCAACUUGGUGGCCAUGAAAAAGGUGGUACAGCAGCUUCGUUUCGAGGCGAGCAUAAACAGAGUUAAGGUUUCCCAGGCAGCUGCAGAUCUACAACAAUUUUGCAUACAGAAUGCUCUCCAGGACCCUCUGCUCACCGGUGUGUCGUCCAGCACCAACCCCUUCAGGCCACAGAAGGUCUGCUCUUUCUUGUAAAACCACUUUAUUCAUUGGCCUUCAUUUUGAUGCUACAGGGAAAAGUUGACCUCAGCACUGCUCCUCAUGCCAAGCCAUUAUACUGCCAUGGGAAUUCUCAAAACUAGAACUCAGUUGACUUAGAACAGGAAAAAGAAGACUGCCUGUUUUUAGCCAAGGUAGAAGACAGCAGACUGUGUAAUUUUUUUCACGGCACAGUGCGAUUUUUGACUAAAUUAUUGUGCCUUUUCUAUUCUAUUUUAGUCAUCACUGUUCUCAACCUUUUUGUAUUUAAUGAAUAAAAAUGUUCUUUACUACUCAAA